AUGAACAAAAGCCUUGAUGAAGCUGAAGAGAUAAUAGAGAAUGUGGCACUAAACUACCAUCAGUGGGCAUCUGAAAGAUCUAGCGGUGCUUUCUCAGGAAAUCAGAUAAAGGCGUUAGGGAAAUUCGAGAUGGAUGCAUUCACACUCAUGUCUGCAAAGCUGGACGCCCUGACUAAGAAAUUUGAAGCCAUGGAUAGCAACACAGCUAAUGCAAUAGUUUGUGCUUACGACAUCUGCGGAAGUGCGGACCACGCUCAAGACACUUGCCCCCUUGGGCCAAUGCAGACACAAAUAAACCAGCUUGAGCAAUGCGAUGCAAUAACAUGCUACAAUCAAAGGCAAAACAAUUCGUACUCUAACACAUACAACCCUGGAUGGAAGAACCACCCUAACUUUUCAUACCAAAAUAAUCAGGACCAGGGGCCAGCACAUCAGACCUACCAACUUGGACAACAGACUCAUCGACAGCAGCAACCUACACAGCUGUCUAGGAUUGAAAAGAUGCUUAAGGAAGCUCUCUCGGAGCAAAAGGAGAUGAGGAGCGAGAUCAAACAACUGACUCAGAGGUUGGAGAACUCAGAAAAACACCAGAAGAUGCAAGACAGCCAGAUAGCCCAGAUAGUUCAGACCGUCUUGAGAGCACAGGGUACAUUCCCAGGGAAAUCAGAUUUAAAUUCUGUGGAACAUUGCAAUCGCAUUGAGCAGCGGAGCGGACGUACUGUGGGAACCCCCCAAAUCAUGACUCAGAUGGAGCUUGACUUGGAAAAGGAACUCACUCCCCUAAUGCCCAAUCAGACACAAAACAGGGAUGGAGAAGUGAUUACUAAAAAAACUGAAGAAGCUCUUCAGACUACCCCACAAAAUCGCACAAUUUCUUUUCCUCAGAAGCUUAUAGCAUUCCAAAGGGAUGAAGAGUUCCACCGGUUUUUGAAAAAAGUCAAAGAGAUUUACGUUGAAGUACCAUUGUUAGAUGCCCUGCACCAGAUGCCGAAGUUCACAAAAUUUUUAAAGGGAAUCUUAUCCAAUAGAAGGCAAAAGGGCGACUUCGAGACUGUAGCACUGAUAGAGAAUUGCAGCGCCCUCCUUAUGGCGAAUCCUCCUCCCAAGCUUCAGGACCCAGGAAGUUUCUCCAUACCGUGCAAAAUUGGUUCUGAACUUAUACCAAGAGCUUUCUGUGACUUGGGAGCCAGUGUCAGCCUGCUCCCGUACUCUUUAUGCAAGAAGCUGGGUUUCCAGAACAUUAAAUUGACCACGAUGGCACUGCAACUAGCUGACCAUUCAUGCAGGUACCCGAUGGGAAUAGUGGAGGAUGUGCCAGUUAAAGUAGGUGGAUGCAUAGUUCCUACAGACUUCAUUAUCUUGGACAUGGAGGAAGAUCCCAAGAUACCGAUUAUCCUUGGAAGACCAUUCCUUUCCACGGCUGGGGCCAUCAUCGAUGUAAAAAGCCAUAAGUUAUCCUUGGAGACCGACAAGGGAAAAAUUUAA